AUGAGCGGAGCCGGGGCGGCCGGCUCCGUGCGCGGGCUGCGGGUGGACGGGCUGCCUCCGCUGCCCAAGAGCCUGAGCGGACUGCUGCACUCGGCGUCGGGCGGCGGCGCGUCGGGCGGUUGGCGGCACCUGGAGAGGUUGUACGCGCAGAAGUCGCGCAUCCAGGACGAGCUGAGCCGCGGGAGCGCGGGAGGCGGCGGGGCGCGGGCGGCGGCGCUGCCCGCCAAGCCCCCCAAUCUGGACGCCGCGCUGGCCCUGUUGCGCAAGGAGAUGGUUGGCCUCCGACAGCUGGACAUGUCCUUGCUCUGCCAGUUGUACAGCCUCUAUGAGUCCAUCCAGGAGUACAAGGGAGCCUGCCAGGCAGCGGCCAGCCCAGACAGCACUUAUGCCCUGGAGAAUGGCUUCUUCGACGAGGAGGACGAGUAUUUCCAGGAGCAGAACUCCCUCCAGGAUGGCAGGGAGCGAGGCCUCCCGAGGGACCUGACGCUGCCCGUCUCCCCACUCCCCGGCGGUGACUGGCUCCUGGAGUCCCUCUAA